AUGUCUCUCGCCAAAUCUGCUGCCAAUAAGCUAGACUGGGCCAAGGUCAUCUCCUCUCUCAAACUUACAGGUCAUACCGCGACCCAGUUAUCUGCAUUCAAGAAGAGAAAUGACGAAGCCCGCAGAAAGCUUUUCGAAUUGCAAAGUCAACCUACCCAGGUGGACUUCGACCACUACCGUUCCGUAUUGAAGAACACGGAGGUGAUUGAUAAGAUUGAGUCUUUUGUUAAGUCGUACAAAGCAGUGACUGUUGAUGUUUCUAAGCAGCUGUCAACUAUCUCCGCCUUCGAGUCCCAAGCUUUGGAUAACGCCAAGGAGACCGAAAAGGUUGUUGCGCAGGAAUUGAAAGACCUAAAAGCUACUUUGAAGAACAUUGAAUCUGCUAGACCAUUCGACGAAUUAACUGUGGAUGAAUUGUCUAAGGCCAGACCCGACAUCGAUGCCAAGGUGGAAGAAAUGGUCAAGAAGGGCAGAUGGGAGGUCCCAGGUUACAAGGAAAAGUUUGGCGAUUUGACAGUUAUGUGA